AUGUCUGAGAGAAAAGAGCCGGAUUCCCCGCCCGUAGAGUCUGUGAACUCGAGCGAAGAAGAUCUCCCAGCUGUCAGAGGCCGAGUCCCAUACAAGGUAUGGCUUGUCCAAGGCCUGUAUUUCUUGGAGAGAGCGGCAUUCUACGGCCUCAGCCAGCCCCUCCAGAAUUACCUCCAGCUUUCCCCAGAUGAUCCUAUUCGCCCAGGAGCUCUUGGACUAGGGCAGGCAAGAGCAGUGUUGAUCAUAUAUAUCUGGUUCGUGUACAGCUACAGCACACCUCUCAUAGGGGGACUCUUGGCGGACUGUUGGCUUGGCCGUCGCAAAACGAUCCAGGUCGGAUUUCUAAUUUACGUGCUGGGAUUGAGUAUCGUCACUGCUACGGCUUUCACGCAGCGAAUUUACGGCACCGGCGGCCUCCCCGGCUUCAUAGUUGGCAUGCUUCUCGUUGGUGCUGGCACUGGAACUGUGAAACCCAAUAUAACUGUAUUCUUAAUUGACCAGUUCCCUGAGGAGGAACCCAAAGUCGUGACUUUGAAGAAUGGGAAGUCAGCGAUGGUGAGCCGUGAACUCACAAUUCAGUUUAUAUGGAACGCCAAUUACUGGAUGAUCAACGUUGGAGGUUUAUGCGGCAUAAUAACAACUAACGUAGAGAGGUAUGCCUACGCCGGCUUUGGGUUUGCCUUUCUUAUCUGCCUUUGCUUGAUCGUUACAUCUGCAACAAUUUUCCAAGCCGGGUACACGAAAUUUGAAACGGCACCACCGUCCGGAAACGCCAUCGCAGAUUUGUUCGGUGCAUUGCGUCGCCGCCGAAACCCAGCCCAUCCCAGACCAGAUCAGACAGAAGUUGAAGUACAGUCGUCUGUUCAGGAAGAUAGCCCUGCAAGUCCAAGUAACGAUGCGGCCAUAAUAGCUGAUGCAAAAUCGGCCCUCCGAGCUUGUUUAGUCUUCCUACCUUUCCCAGCUCUGAUGCUCUCCAUCAAUCUCAUGGACAGUACCCUCAUAGCGCAAGCUGGCACUAUGCAGACUAACGGCCUCCCGAACGAUAUCAUGUAUAAUUUAAAUCCGAUCUCUGUCAUGGUCUUCUUGCCCUUUUUUCAAAGCUGGAUUUAUCCCACGCUGGCCAAAAAGAAAAUCAACUUCUCGCCCGAGCACCGCAUCGGUGUGGGCCUCUUCUGUGCUACGCUUGCAAUUGCAUACGCCACAGGGAUCCAACACCUCAUAUACGCGACUGGUCCAUGUUUCAGCCGUCCACUGAAGUGCCUUCCUGGGAACAUACCCAAUGAUGUUUCCGUUGGAUUUCAAACGCCAACUUACGUAUUUCUUGGGUGGGCAGAGAUCCUCGCAAUCGUGGCAGGUACCCAACUUGCUUAUUCGCGAGCCCCAGCUAGUAUGAAGUCAAUCGUUCAGGCUCUUUUCAACCUCUUCAGUGCCUUGGGCUCACUGCUCGGUGGUGGUGUGUCGUUUGCCGCCUAUGAUCCCAACAUGGUAAUUGUAUAUGGAUCGAUCACCGGGCUGCUACUCUUUGUCACUCUUGGGUUCGAACUUAGCUAUUUCGUCAGACGCAAACGCUCUAACUGA